AUGUUCUCAAAGCGGCGUCUACUCGGCAAUUGCUGCCUUGCUUCGACUCGUGCUGACUCGCCUGCAGAUUAUAGUGGGGUGUCAAAACUGCCUGCCUCUGCGACUCACCUUCUUGACCCACGUCUAAAAAUCCUGGCUACGCUGAUCCCCGGAAUCUUUGCCGCCAAGCACUGUUUGGACAUCGGCUGUAAUGCUGGCAGCGUCUCAAUCCAACUAUGUAAGUGUAGGAAGGAUACCCCUGCUACCUCCUGCAACCGACUAUUACCACGUCUUGUCGAUAUUGAUCAACUUGCAGCAUUCGAUUUUCAAGCGGCAUCCGUCACGGGCAUCGAUAUCGAUCCCAAGCUGAUUGCCCAGGCCGAGAAGCUCCUGGCCCUGCGUGCUUCCCGUGCGAAACCCCCCACGAGUGGCUCGGCACCCGUUGUCGACUACUUUCCUAUAUCGGCCGUGCUCACUCAUGGAUACCGGAUUGAACCGCAAAACAAGGCUGCGCAUAGCGCAUCCACUGUGUCAGCUGCUUGGCCGCGUGUAACCUUCUUCUCUGCAGAUUGGGCCGUACCCUCAGCCCACGACGUCGAGGAGUCAUAUGAUGUGAUCCUGGCAUUAUCCGUCAUUAAAUGGAUCCACCUCCAACAUCGAGACGCUGGUCUAGUUGCGUUCUUUGAGAAGUGCGCCUCGUCGUUGCGAACGGGUGGAUACCUCGUUAUUGAACUCCAGGGCUGGGACUCAUAUCAGAAGGCCGUUCGCCCAAACCACUCUCCGCAUUUCCAGCAGGCUUUGAAGGAGCUCGAGUUACGUCCGGAAACUUCAUUCGACACUCUCCUUGCGAACCAAGGCCUACGGCUCUGCGCUUCAUCAGAUGCACUUCCUCGUCGCAUCAGUGUCUAUCGAAAAGCCUGA